GAACCUUUCAGUGCAGAGAUUUUAACGAUACUAUCAUUUAUUUAUUUUUUUUUUAGGCCGGUGCACUGUCUUGGAUGGUUUUAAAAAAGAGAGCAGAGCAUGGAAUUACCAAGAUGUUAAAUCCUAAGGAGGUUUAUUUGUUUUUUAAGAUGACGUUUCCUCUUCAGCGAUAAGAUAAUCACAUGAUGCUCUCAAAGCAAUGUGACAGAAACUUUGCAGAUAUCUUAAUUUCGCAGAAUCCAGGGAUUUUAGUGAGAGUUGCUCCUUCAAACAGAACGUGCUAAGAGAAGCUACAUAGUAGAUGGGUACAGUUUCUCCAGAAAAGGGAGCGAGUUGAAGUAAAAAUGGGGAAAAAAACCCCAAUGCUGGCUCAGUAGAGGAACUACGUAUAUCGAAAAUUUUUGAGCGUUUCAUUUUCCCCCAGAAACCCUCUGUGUUUGGCACUAUUUUACAAUACAAUCUCUGACUACCAGCUACUUCACCUCAGCUAUCUGAACAGCUUUUUGUGCCUGUGGUAUUUGUCAGAGGAAAAAAGUAACUAAACUAAAACAACUCCAAAAUGAGCGAUUUCGACUCAAGUGAUGAUAACCUGCUGUUUACUGUGGAUACAAGGGGAUACUUUGAUGACCUGGAGUACACAGUGGAACUUCUACGGAUUUGAGACUCAGUGGAAAAACAGAGAGACGAGAGAAAUUUUGGUAUAGAUUGGUAAGCAGGAGAAAUCCUGACUAACCUGCUGGUAUAGGUGUGGAAGGUGUGAGCCCAUGUCCAGUUGGAAUUGGUUACAAAACUUCUUCAGGACAUUUCUGAUCAAGGAUGGUGGCUCACAGACGCCUGCAGCCUGCAUCACUCCCCAUCCAGAGUUCCCUGCCUUACAGAACGCUGGUGUUUUAUUCAACUUUCCAAAGGGAGUGGAGAAACCGACCCAGACUAGAUAAGCUGAAUGGAAAUUUGUUGUCCGGAGGCAAAGUCUUCUGGGUUUCAGCCAGGCGUUAAUGAUGGGACGCUGCGAUGGACUCGCAGGCUAAUGCAGGAGAAGCCAGACAACCAGAGCCUGGAUCAGCCACGAGCAGCCAUUCAUGAAUUUCCAGAGGAUAUUUUCACCAAGGAGCAGAGAAAGAAGGGGGCUGUGUUGUUGCAUGCACUCUGUGCCAUCUACAUGUUCUAUGCCCUGGCCAUCGUUUGUGAUGACUACUUCGUCCCUUCCCUUGAGAAAAUAUCUGAGAACCUGCAGCUCAGUGAAGAUGUGGCUGGGGCAACGUUUAUGGCAGCAGGAAGCUCUGCUCCUGAGCUUUUCACUUCACUCAUUGGUGUCUUCAUCACUAAAGGGGACGUUGGAGUUGGUACCAUUGUGGGCUCUGCUGUCUUUAACAUCCUGGUCAUCAUCGGCCUGAGUGGAAUCUUUGCAGGACAGACAGUGGUGCUGACAUGGUGGUCCCUUUUCAGAGAUUCCUCCUACUACAUCCUCUCUGUGCUGACUCUCAUCUUGGUUAUCUAUGAUGCUAAAGUCGUUUGGUGGGAGUCAUUGCUCCUCAUGACCAUGUAUGGGAUCUACAUUAUUAUCAUGAAGUUUAACUCCCAGUUAAUGGUGUUUGUGACGCGUCGGCUCAGGAGUUCAAGGCCGUGCUGCCACGUGUCAGAGGGUCACAGAGACGACAGGAUGGGAGAUGAUGCCAACGCCUGCAACACCUCAAUGGUGCUUAUAAACAAAGGCCAAGCUCAUGCUCAGGAGCCUCCUCCAGUCAUCAUGGUUGAUGAACUCCUCAUUCUCAACCCCCACAAAUUGUCAUUUUCUGAGGCCGGCCUACGCAUCAUGAUAACCCCCCACUUCUCCCCUCGCACCAGACUCUCCAUGGCAGGGCGCAUGCUCAUUAGUGAGAGACAGAGGCUGAUCCAGAAGUCAAAGAUCCAGCGGGAUGGUGAGGCCAGCUCCGCGCCACGAAGCGGGUCAACUAGCAACAGCCUGAAGAGGACGGGCUCCUGCAGUCUGGAGAACGGCGGCAGGGGACACACGAUGGAAGAUGCAGAGUCAGGAGAAAAGCCCGGGGCUGGGACAUGCCAGGCAGAGGAAGGGGAAGAUGAUGAGGAUGAGAUUUUUAGUCCAGUCCGUAUACCAGGUAGCUGCUGUGCCCGUGUGAAGUGGGUGAUUACGUGGCCUCUUGGUCUCCUGCUCUACUGCACUGUGCCUAACUGCAUGCAGCCUCGCUGGCACCGCUGGUUCAUGGCUACCUUUGUGGCCUCCACCCUGUGGAUUGCCGUCUUCUCCUACCUCAUGGUGUGGAUGGUUACCAUCAUCAGCUUCACACUUGACAUCCCAGACUACAUCAUGGGUAUCACCUUCCUGGCAGCAGGGACCAGCGUACCAGACUGCAUGGCGAGUCUGAUUGUAGCACGGCAAGGCAUGGGAGACAUGGCAGUAUCUAACUCUAUAGGCAGCAAUAUUUUUGACAUCCUGCUGGGUCUGGGUUUCCCCUGGGCUUUACGUACCCUUGUGGUGGACCACGGAUCUACAGUCUCUAUAAAUAAUAAAGGCCUGGUGUAUUCUGUCAUCCUGCUGCUGGCUUCUGUUUUCCUCACGGUGACCAGUGUUCAUCUAAACCACUGGAAGCUGGAUCGUCGUCUGGGUCUAGGCCUCAUGUUUCUCUAUGCCAUCUUCCUCCUCUGCUCCAUCCUCUUCGGACAGAUGUGAAGACUUACGGUCAAAGUACAAACCGGUCAGACGACAUGUUGAGCACUCACCUGUCUUUUACAAGUCCUCUCUCAUGAAGCCAAACAGUGUGUCAGUGUGCUGAUGUACAUAUGUAACUACUCAAACUUAAGUCCCUGUUGUUUUUCCCUUUUUAUACAGUGCAUCAUUUAGAGCAGUCUUUUAAGUAUUAAAAUGGUCAACUUACUGAGGACGAAAUGACAUUGCAGAUGAAAAACUAGAGCUACCAUUAAGUGGGUAUGUGUUUGUAUUAUUAAAAGAAAUCCUAUUCCUUUCAUGAUGAAGGUCCAUAAUUCACUUUGAACUUCAACCUCAAGAGCUAGUGUAGUGGUUUUUGCCAAAUUUGACAAAAUCCCUCAGUGCAUUCUUGACCUUUGACAGCCAGUCAUUACAGUCAAUCGUUGAGUCAGAGCGGAAAGUUGUAAUAUGUUUCAUGAAUAUCCCUCCAAGCAGUCUUUAGGUAUCAUCUUCACAUGCAUUAAAUGAUCAUAAGGCCUAUCAUCCUUAUCAUUUGACCUUGAAAUCUAAUCAGUAUAUCCUCAAGUCAGAUCAUGCAAGGCUUGAAGAAAAAUCCUCAAAAUGAUUUGUAGAUAUCACAUUCACAAACAAGAGAUUAACAGGAAACCUAAUGCACCUUCAUGUAGUCCAUCCUUGAGUUCCCUCCAAUUUCCACAACCCCUGCCUGCAACAUGAUAAGCUUGUGAAGUGCACUGCAGAGCAUGUCGCUCCUAUUCUAGCCAGUCUUUGCAGUUCAACUGCAUGCGAUCUGGUCCGUCUCCAACGCCUCCCAGAAGUGCUACUCCUCUCGAGAUAUGCGCAAGGUCUAUUUUCAGUGUUGGCUAUUGCCGAACCAUGUCAAUCCACACAGAGCACAUCAAUCCAAACAGCCAGAAAAAAGCAAAUCAAAAGUAAAUAGUAAAUCAUCCCUAUAUCGACAUCAUGUCUCAUCCUGUGGCAAAAGGUCAUCAGGAGGUCAGUGGGUCACAGAGCUACUACAGCACCAUUUCUGAAGAAAAAUUUACCUCUGAGGUGGAAAACCACAGAAUUUUACAUGAAUCCCCACGUCCUUUGUGGCAAACAUUAACCUUUUAACUUCCUUGUGUACUCACCCGUGGUAGAAGCAAAAAAUCAUGGAAUCAUGUAAAAAUGAAUGGCAAAAACAAAAUCAAGCAGACACUCAACCUUUUACUUAUUCACAAACAUUGAUUAUGUAUAUCAUAUUUCCUGUUCUUGCCUAAUGCAGAACAAGUGACAAAUGAAGUGCUGCAGUAGCAGCAGAAAGACUGAAGGGACUAUUAAAUAUUUUAUGACCGUUAUUUUGAAAGACACCACGAGGUAUUCAUUAGAGGAACAUUUUUACUUAUUGAUUUAUUGAAUCAUCAGCAAAGAGAGGUGGUUUUUUUUUUGUUUCUGGAACAGUUCGAGAAGUACAGAAGCCCUAAGAGGACAUGCAUAUACUACUUUCCCAUGAUAAUGAACACAUUUUAGUUGUUUUCUUGAGACCUAGACUUAUUUAUCUUGUUAUCUCAGGAUUCCAUCACUGUUUUUCCUGUUGCUUAGAGUUAGCAAAUAAUAAAGCAUUUGUGAAUUUUGUAAAUAUUAAUAUAGUAUAAUUUACAUGUUCCCCUGGUUUCAUUUACGAGUUUUAAUACAUAUAAACAAAAUGAACCGGUAAAGAAAAGUCUUCUUUCUGCCAUGUCAUGCUUUGGCUUAUGGUUUCAGAUAAAUUACUGUCUUGGCCUUAAAUGUUUUUGAAUGUACGCUAGCAUUAGUAUGAAGUUAUUUACAUGCAUUUAAAUGUAGCAGGUGGUACUGAAUUACAGCAAUGAACCUCUAUAUGAACAGUGCGAUGUUUUAGGACACUGUGAGUGUCAGAAAACUUUAUUAAUAGAAACACUGAUAAGAAAAUGCACAGAAUUGUGAUUAUAUUUUGGUGAUUUUUGCCUCACUGCUUAUGAGUAAGUAUUGGUACAGCCUAAUGUACGUAUAGAGAUUAACCUAGUGUUACAGUAUUUUUAGAGAUCUUAUUAAGAUGAAAUCUAAUAUAUAUAUAUAUAUAAUGUAUAAUGUUCUUCUUUGAGUGUCACAAACUUUAAUGAUGUUGAUUGCAGGUUUGUAGUAAUAAUUCACAUUUAGGUACGACAAACAAUGUUUGUUUUGUUUCUUGUAAAAAAAGAUUGUUUUGGUGGAAUAUUUUAAACUUAGAUCAAGAGAGAAACACUAUUUUAUUUUCCAAAGCAAGGGCCUGUGUCUGUAUACAGAGCUUUUUGUGCAGGCAGCGUCCACAUCCUGUUUCAGAGCACCUUUCACCCACAUUUAUUGUUGCUCUGUUAACUUCUGCUUUCUUUGGUUACAUCUAUUAUGUCUUCAUUAACUAGGUCAGUGUGCUUAAUGUUUUAAUUUUUCAAAGAAAUACUGCCAAGAAAGCAUGAAAACAAUGUACAGACCACAGUUCCAAAAAAGUUGUGAUGUGUGUAAAUUUGAAUAAACAGACUUGCAAAUCAUUUUCAACCAAUAUUUAAUCAAGUACAGCACAAUGACAAGAUAUAGAAUGUUCAAAUUAAUAAACUCACAGCCGUUUUUCUCCAUUUUUAGAAAUAUACGCUCAUUCUGAGUAUGAUGCCUGCAGCAUGUUCCAAAAACAUUGGAACAUAAAUAUGUUUACAUGGUGCUACUUAAUCUUUUCCCCUACUAACACUCUGUAAGCAUCAGAAGACUGGAGACACUUGUUUAAGUAUAAAAAGUGAAUGUUUUUUUUUUUCCUGUUUGUGCUUGAUGUAAAUCUUAAGUUUCUUAAAAGUGGCGGGUUUCUAUUGUUGUAUUUUGCACUUCAUUAUAUUUCAUACAUUUUCAGUAGUAGGCAGAUCUGGACUGCAUGCAGAUCUGUCUAGUACCUGCAGUCUUUUACUGUGAAGCCAUGCUGUUGUAACUCAUGCAGAAUGUGUCUUGGCAUCGUCUUGUUGAAAUAAGCAGAGACAUCCAAGAAAAUGAUGUAACCACCUUAUAUGCAGAGAUUUCUCCACAUUCUCUGAAUGUUUUGAUAUCAUGGACUGUAGAUGGUGAACUCUCUAAAUCCUUGCUAUCACACUCUGAGAAACAUUGCUCACUGUAGGACAGUUUGCUGUCACAGUCUUUCACCGAGUAGAGAAAGUCGUGGCCUCUAGACACUGAAUGACAGAUACUUUCAGGAGUGCUCCUUUUAUACCCAGUCAUGGCACUAUCACCUCUUACUAGAUAAAGUUCUCACCUGUGGGAUAUUCCAGUCUAUUUUCUAAAUCAUUCCUCAACUUUCCCAGUCUUUUCUUGCCGCUGUCCCAACUUUUUAGAAACUUGAACAUUAAAUAUCUCGUCUUUUGUGCUGUAUUAAAUUUAAACCAGGCUGAAAUGAUUUGGAAAUCACUAUAUUGGGUUUCAUUUACAUUUUACACCAGUGGUUCCCAACCUGGGGUCAGGGCACCUCAGUGGGGUGCACAAAGCCCUGUCUGCUCUGAUUUUGUCAAAAUUAGAUAAAGACAUUAAAAAAAAAAAAAAAAGAAAAAAAAAUCAAGAUUAGAAAUUUAAUGUACGACCAGAUAUUAGGCCACCCUAAAAGAUAAAAAAAUAAAGAGGAUCUGUAAAUUUAUGAGUUUGGGAAAAAGUCACAGUUAAAAAAAAAAAAAAAAACAUUUUGAAAGUUGUAAAACUGUAUAUUUUCAAGAAACCAAACUUGAAAUUUCUGAAUUGAAAAAGUAGUACAUUAUGAGGAAAACUUGAAAUGUCAAAGUUUAAAAAGUAAUAAUUUUGAGUUUAUAAACUCAAAAAUUUCAGGGCAUUUUACAAUGUCGUCAAUAAUUAUGACAAUGUAAAGUCAAAAAUGUACAAAAAAAACCAAGCUGAAAACAGUGGUUGGAUGACCCUAGAGACCAGAUGAUAUGAAAAUGUGAUGAUUCUGGGCUAAAUCUACAAAGAAGUAUUGAUUAAGCUCUCAGCUGUAAAGAAAAUAGCUUCAUCUGUUUUUCUUCUAGCAAUGAGCUAUUUUCAACUUUAAAAUCUCCAAAGUUCAAAUUUUUGAUUGAAGUUAAUUUCUGACUUUUAAGAGUAAAAAAUCUGAUGUUUUUCUUGUAAAGUACCGACUUUUUAAACCUGAAAAAUGUGAAUUUAGAGAUUAUUUCUCCCCUGCCAUAACUGCUGACAAAGCUGGUGUAAGUCCUGCUUCUACUUCUUCAUCGGUUUGUGGAGUAGUUUCUUAACCAUAUCUGCCUUCCUCUCUGUUGUUACAUAAAAACAGGAGACUGAGCCAAAUUCAGACAAUUUGAUGAUUUAAGGUGAAAUAUUCCAUGAAAGGACAAUCUGUCUUUAUUUCAAAUGGCUGUAUAAUUAUAAUCACUGUCUACUUGAUGAAACUUUUUACUGUUUGUAAAUGUUAAAUUGACAUAGCUUUACAAUAAUGAAUGUCUGACAGAGACUAGUUUUGUGGUGUUUUGAUACUUUGAAAAUAUCCUUAAUGUAUGCCUUCAAGUGAAUUCUUGUAGCAGAAUGAAUGGCUAGUUUGUUCAGUGAAAUAUGAAGGCUAUAAUUAUGUGAGAAGAACACUUUGUUCAUGAAUUUAUGGUGGUUGUGUCUUAAAAUCUUUUCUGCUCUUAGAUAUUCUUCUAUUGAACUUUUGCUUCAUUGACAGACUCAGCCUUUUUUCAUGGAAGAGAACAAAUGAAGCUCACGUUUACAGUUUAGAAUAAGGAAAAUUAAAUGUUUUUAAAAAUGAUUAGGAUAUUUAAUGUAGUGUUUAUUAGUGAAAAUUAGUUUUACCUCAAACUUACAAAGUUUAUCAAAAAUGUCCAUUCUUAUGUAUAGAAGCCCUACAGUGACAUGCAUCUUAACAUUUUAUUUUACUACAUUUCUGCUGUUUAUAAGAUCUUCAAUUAUUUAUCAUAGGAAAACCAGCAUUGUUAACUUGCAAUAACAAAAUAAGUCAAAACCUUGAGAAAAUAAGCACCAGUUAGUAUUUAUCUCUGUAAAAAUGAAAUCUGUGGAUGCAUGUCUGCUUGGGGCUUCUGUAUAUUUGCAUUCUUCCUGUGUUAAAUGAUUGUUUCUUCAGUGUUUGUCUAAGACAAAGUGCUGUUUCAAAUCCAGUUAAGACUAUUUCAUUAAGAAGUGUACUUUGUGGGAAACCUUUUGCAUCUGUUUUACAUACCUUUGCCCCUGUGUGAAUGCAUAUUAAACACCGGCGAAUAGG